AUGGAGAAAUUUGAGAUACUGCGACCCGUUGGUCGAUUGGAACAAUAUUCAACGUCGCGCCACCAGGUCGGAUUUUAUUUGAAUGUGGCUGUAUCAGCAACAUAUUUCCUACCAGAAACAUUUGUGCUUCCUGUGAAAGACUAUGUCUAUCAGGCAUGCGAGGCCGCAAUAGCGGAACAUCCGUCGCUAUCCGCCAUCGUGGCAGACGAUCAUACACAAGACCCGUAUUUUGUGCGGCUGCCAGAGAUUAAUCUUGACCAAGUUGUUUCUUUUCAAGACAGAAAACCGGGCCUGUUGGGUACCGAAGCCAAUGGCGAGCCUGCCCCAGACCUUGAUCUGCAAACCUUGCUUGCAACGCAGCACAACAUGCCUUUCAAGGCUCCGAAUCCCCUCUGGAGACUCUGCAUCUUGCUCGAUGUAGAGGACGAGAGACAAUUCACUGCAGCAUUUGUAUAUCACCACGCCAUUGGCGAUGGAACCUCCGGAAAAGCCUUCCACCAAACUUUCCUACGAGCCCUGGGGGCAAUGGACUCCCCGGACCAGACUAAAUCCAUCGUCAAGUCACCGGGGCUCCCUCUUUUGCCAAAUAUCGAGCUCGUGCACCCAAUGUCUCUUUCCUUCCUCUAUCUUGCCAAGAAAAUAUUCCAGGCAAAAAUCUACUCCCGACGGCCCACUGGUCUAUGGACCGGCUCCAAGGUCCUAGCCCCCUCUCAAACCCGCCUACGGCUCGUGCCAUUCUCCAAACUACUCGUUAGCACAAUAAGAGACAGAUGUCGAGCAGAGGGAACGACGAUCACUGCACUUCUACAGACGAUCAUCGCCCGCUCCAUCUUCGCGCACAUCCCGCCCGAGUUUGCGCUGCUUGCCUGCACCGGUGCGCUCUCAAGUCGGCGCUGGUUGCCAGAUGUCAUCACCGAUGAGUCAAUGGGCGUCUGGGUCCAGGAUUACGAAGAGACGUAUUCCCGAGCGACAGUUGCGCCGUCUGACGGUUCCUUCCCGUGGGCAGAGGCCAGACGGUCGCGUAAAACAAUCCAGUCAGUCUUGAAAAUGGAAGGCGCAAAUGCGAGCCCUAGUCUGUUGCAGUUUGUCGACGAUUUUCAAGAGGAACUGUGUUUGUCCAAGGUUGGCAAGGACCGCGAUAAGAGCUUUGAGGUGUCGAACGUUGGCGUUUUGGAGCCGCAGACGAACCCUGAGCUGCCUUCCAUCAAGGGUAUGGUGUUUUCCCAAUGUGCUAGUGUGAUGGGUAAUGCUAUCGAGGUGUCAGCUGUCACUGGUGGAGAUGGGUGUUUGGUGUUGGCUAUCUCUUGGCAGCAAGGGGUUGUGGAGGCUGAUCUCGUCAAUCAGGUCAUUGAGUCGACGAAGCAGGAGUUAUACAAUAUUGAAGUGGUAGCCCUGGAGUUCAUCUUCGGAUCCUGUUAUCAAGUGGGCGGUGAGAGUGCGAUAACCCCGGCGGCAGAAUCGUGGGGGAACCAAACAUCGGAGAAAUCUCACCAGUUUCCUUUCGCUCAACUGUUAUUUUUCUUUUCAUCUGAUAACAUAUCAACCUUCAAUAUGAUUCGCGAUCCCUAUAUUGUUCCGGCGCUCACAAAGCACACCGCCACCGUUAUUAUGGCCCACGGGUUAGGAGAUACUGGUGCCGGAUGGGUGUCCCUUGCCCAAACCUGGCGCCGCCGCGGCAAGUUCAACGAGGUGGCCUUCGUCUUCCCUAAUGCGCCCGAAAUCCCCAUCACAAUUAACUUCGGCAGCCGCAUGCCCGGAUGGUACGACAUCUCCAAGCUCGGCGGUGAUUUGACCUUAGAGGAAUCCAUCAGCUCCCAAGACGAACCUGGAAUUCUCCGCUCCCGCGAGUACUUCGAUUCCCUUAUCAAGAAAGAAAUCAAUAACGGUAUCAAGCCUUCGCGGAUCAUCCUGGGCGGGUUCUCUCAGGGCGGUGCGAUGUCCGUGUUCGCCGGCAUCACCCAGAAGGAAAAGCUCGGCGGUGUCUUUGGUCUGUCAUGCUACAUGCUGCUGAGCGAUCGGAUUAAGAACUAUAUGCCCGAGGAGUGGGCCAACAAGAAGACCCCCUUCUUCCUUGCCCAUGGUCUCGAGGAUGCGGUUGUUCCGUUUUCCUCUGGAAAGGCCUCAGCGGCUAAACUUAAGGAAAUUGGCCUAGAGAAUGUCUCCUUCAACGAAUAUGAAGGUCUUGGUCACUCGGCGACCCCCGAGGAAGUUGAUGAUCUGGAGAACUUCAUUGAGAAGGCCCUCGCACAAGGCGAGGGUAAUGUUUCCGCUGGUCUAUGA